AUGAGCACAUUCGUGCCAUCCGAAGCCCGAACCUUCUAUAUCGCCCUGCGCGCAUUAAACGUCUCCCUCUCCCUAAUCCCAGACACCACCUCCUCAGCAACAAUCGGCCUAAUGCGCCUACAAUUCUGGCGCGACGCCGUAUCCAAAAUCCUCGCCGGCGCCCCACCAAAAGAACCCGUCGCCAUCCUACUCGCAUCGGCCAUUUCAGACCUAAACCAGCGCACGAACGGCCGCGCAAGAAUCACGAAGGGCUGGCUGACCCGUCUCAUCAAUGCGCGCGAACAGACCCUCACCAACGACCCGUACCCGAAUAUCGCCGCGCUGGAAUCCUACGCCGAAAACACUUACUCGACGCUCAUGUAUUUGACUCUGGCCGCGAUGCCCAUGGCCUCCGUCACGGCGGACCAUGUCGCCUCGCAUAUCGGGAAAGCUGUUGGAAUUGCGGCCGUGCUGCGCGGAUUGCCGCUUGUUGCGUUCCCGCCGCCGCCGAGUCAAUCGCCCACCGGGAGUACGGGUGGGGUUGGGUUGAAUUCCGGUGGGAAACAAGGAGCCGUUAUGUUGCCGUUGGAUAUCAUGGCGCAAGCGGGGGUGAAAGAGGAAGAUGUUCUGCGACGAGGUGCGGAGGCGGAGGGUCUGCGCGAUGCCGUUUUCGCCGUCGCGACGCGGGCGAGCGAUCAUUUGAUUACGGUGGAGCAGAUGCUGAAUAACCUUCGGGCCGGAGAGGAUGUCGGGCAUGACUUUGAGCAUGAAGGAGAAGAGGGUCAUGAGUAUGAUUCUGUGGAUCUCGCGGGUGGCUCCAAGGAAUCGCCGCUUGAUGAGGUGAAUCGUGCUUUUGGCAUCUUCAUGCCAGCGGUGUCUACACGGUUGUGGCUUGAUCGGUUGCAGCAGCACGAUUUCGACGUCUUCCAGCCUGAGCUUCUUCGGUCGGAUUGGAGACUUCCUUGGAAGUCUUAUAUGGCUUUUCGACGCAAGAAUAUUUGA